AUGAGCCCUCCUCAUGGUUGCAGAAGAAGAAGAGUAGGAGCACUUGAAGAAAUGCUUAAGAGGAGACAGAUGGAGAGAUUGCCUGCGCUGCAUCUGGCAGUGGUGUCUCUGCUCGGCUUCUGCUGCCUCAUCCAUGCUUCAAGGGCUGCCAUUUCAUUCUCAGCUGGUAAUCAUCUCAUGCCAUCUAGAGAUUUUGUUAUAUUGUUCUGCCUGAUUGAGAGGACGAUUUUAUUCCCAUAUGCACCAGCGGCCCCGAGGGAGCAGCUGCAGAAGACCGACGCAAUCCCAGCUUCCAGUGGAGCAGAUGGUCAGGCUGUCGUAGCGGGAGAGGUAGACCGCGGUGCUGUCAGCAGGAGGAUGGAGAUGGAGAUGCAGCUGGAGGACUACCCGGGGUCCGGCCCCAACGACCACCACUCGCCGUGGUGGCGGCAGGAGAGGAGGAAUUGA